AUGGAUUCUAAAAAAUAUCAGGAAAGCUAAACAAAGAAAUUUAUUAUUUAGAAAAAACUAAAUGAGCAGAAAUCAAAAAAGGAAUGCAACCUGAAUUUAGUUGCAAAUUUUAUAAAUUCUAUUUCUGCUUUGAGAGAAUAAUAAUUUAAAUCUAAUUAUAAUGCCAUUUUAUUCAGAUUAUUAAUUAACUAAACAAAUAUAUUUUCGAAAAUAGCUACUUUCAAAUAUCAAGUAUACAUAUUUCAACUUUAAUAGGUCUUAUGGAUCAAAAGAUUUAUCUAUCAACAUGAAACUUAAGAGCUAAAAAACUCAAUAUCAAUUUAUUCAGACACUUUAGAUAAAUUUGAAUUAAUUAAGUUAGCUUUAGGCUUGAUGUUGUUCUAAAAUAAAAUUGAGAAUAAGGAUUUUAGAUAAUUGCCCCAUUUCAGGGUAGCCAGUUAUAACCCAGGGCUUGGGGUAUUAAUCGCACUCUAACCAUUCUGUAUUUCGCGCUAAGUAUCUCAUUCACACGCCAUAGAGAAGCAAACUCUUGACACACUCAUUGCGGGCAGACUCCAACAGGCUUCUCAAAAUCAACAAAAUGACAAACCACUUGGUCAUGACAGACUAUCAAUUCAUAUAAUCAAAAUUUAAAAAUUCAAAAAAAUCCAGAUUAAAAAUUUUUAAUCCAAUUAUCUUUCUAAAGAAAAUUUUCAAAUAGCUCCAGCAUACUUAGCACAAAGUCUCUCUCAGAAUUGUAAUAAAGUAUCCCUCAAAGGGAAAAGAAAAGAAAGUGUGGGUCUUCUCUUUAAUUUCUAUCCACUUCUCACUCCCAAGUAAUUCUAAGAAGUUAGGACCAGCCGUCCAGGCUCAUUAUAGCUGA